AAACACUUUGGAUCUUUCAGGAGGACAUUCCUUUUCUCCAUUCAGAGCCCUUUGUUUUCUUUGGGGUAUAGCAACAGUUCCUUCUGUGGGAGCUGUUGUGGCAUGGCCCCUGUGGCAUUGUCUGUCCUCAUAUGACAUCAUUCUCAUGGUUCUUUUCGGGUUUCUCAUGCUGGCAUUGUUUCGGCGGGGAAUUCUCUUCUGCAGCACACGGAUCCUGACUACUCAGCUGCCUAUGUCAUCAUAGAAACUGAUGCAGAAGAUGGAAUCAAGGGGUGUGGAAUCACCUUCACUCUGGGAAAAGGCACUGAAGUUGAUUGGUCCAGAGAAGGGUGUGGUGCACCUGGCGACAGCAGCUGUCCUAAAUGCGGUGUGGGACUUGUGGGCCAAGCAGGAGGGAAAGCCUGUCUGGAAGUUACUUGUGGACAUGGAUCCCAGGAUGCUGGUGUCCUGCAUAGAUUUCAGGUACAUCACCGAUGUCCUGACUGAGGAGGAUGCCCUAGAAAUACUGCAGAAAGGUCAAGUUGGUAAAAAAGAAAGAGAGAAGCAAAUGCUGGCACAAGGCUACCCUGCUUACACCACCUCGUGCGCCUGGCUGGGGUACUCAGAUGACACGUUGAAGCAGCUCUGUGCCCAGGCGCUGAAGGACGGCUGGACCAGGUUUAAACUAAAGGUGGGUGCUGAUCUCCAGGAUGACGUGCGAAGAUGCCAAAUCAUCCGAGACAUGAUUGGACCAGAGAAGACUUUGGCACUCGUCCCAUUAGGAAUUGGCAUUGCCACAGGAGAACAGUGCCACAAUAGAGUGAUAUUUAAGCAACUCCUACAGGCGAAGGCCCUGCAGUUCCUCCAGAUUGACAGUUGCAGACUGGGCAGUGUCAAUGAGAACCUCUCAGUAUUGCUGAUGGCCAAAAAGUUUGAAAUUCCUGUUUGCCCCCAUGCUGGUGGAGUUGGCCUCUGUGAACUGGUGCAGCACUUGAUUAUAUUUGACUACAUAUCAGUCUCUGCAAGCCUUAAAAACAGGAUGUGUGAGUAUGUUGACCACCUGCACGAGCAUUUCAAGUAUCCCGUGAUGAUCCAGCGGGCUUCCUACAUGCCUCCCAAGGAUCCCGGCUACUCAACAGAAAUGAAGGAGGAAUCUGUAAAGAAACACCAGUAUCCAGAUGGUGAAGUUUGGAAGAAACUCCUUGCUGCUCAAGAAAAUUAAGUGCUCAGCCCCAACAUCUUUUUUCUUUCUGAAGUGAAAAGGCUUAAAAUUUCUUGGAAAUAGUUUUACAGAAAUGGAUUUUUAAAAAUCCUACCAAGAUUAGUUCAAUGAAAAGUCAUACCACCUUCAGGAAUCAGCUAAGUAAUUAUUACUUGAUUCUUUUAGCAAAUCAAUACACAUUAUCCUACUUAAUACUUAAAUAAGUCUAGAUUUAACUAACCCAAAGUCCAGGAAGAUGUUCUUACAAAAUAUCUAUCAAGGGCUGGCACCUAGACAUUAAACUGUACUUUGAAAAUAAGCAACAUGUUGCAUAACUUGUUGGAAUAAUUCUUGGUUCUAUUUAACACUUGUCAUAAAUUAGCAGAAUAAAAAUAGUCGUGCAACACCAGGGGGUAUCUGGUACGAAGUGAAGGGAAAAA